UGGUAGCACACUAACACCGGCGCUUCCACGAAAAAUAGUCUAGUCAAGUGACAGUUAACGUCGCAAUGGGUGCGUGUUUGCAAAUAAUAACAAAAAUGUCAGUUUUUGCAACAAUAUAAACAAUUAAAACCCCUCCCAUAUACCUCCGCAAUAAUCUAAAGUGUAAUUAUAUAAACCUAGUGGUUUGUGAUUGAAAAAAUAUGUGAACGUCAAUCAUGGUGGCAGCUGAUUGUUUUGAUUAUCAAUUUGAUUGAUAAUUCGCGCACCAAAAUGUUCCUUAAUUAAGUGAAUACUAUGCUUAAAUAACGCUUGCCAAACGUUUACAAUGCCUAGCUUUAACCUAGGUGUAACCCAGUCAGGUUAAGUUAAUGAGGAAACAUGUCCACAAGUGCACAUUCGAUUCACGAAGUGCAAACGACAACUCCCGUUUCUAAAACUUCCAAACAGGAAGAAAGACGCUCGCGAACUCUGCUCAACAUCCUCCCGAAACUCCCCUCAAGUGAUUCACUCAGCAACAGCCCUGGGCCAGCAAGUCCUGGUGUAUCUAACUUCAUAGAGAAACCAGACCCYAACACAGAUAGGUCACCCGAAACUUGCUCGAAACUUACCAGGAAGGAAUCGUAUAAAGCACAACGUAAAAACUAUCGCAAAGAAAAGAAAAGGGUCACUAAUGAGUUACUAAAUUCACUCAAAGACCCCUCAGUUGUUGUCUUAGCUGAUUGGCUCAAAAUCAGAGGGACGUUAAAAUCGUGGACUAAACUGUGGUGUGUUCUCAAACCCGGACUGUUACUCCUCUACAAGAGCCCCAAAGCCAAAAGCAGCCAUUGGGUGGGUACAAUUUUGRUGAAUUCGUGCAAAGUGAUUGAAAGGCCGAGCAAAAAAGACGGUUUUUGUUUCAAGUUGUAUAAUCCACUUGACCAGUCAAUUUGGGCCCCACGUGGCCCCGAAAAUGAAACAAUUGGGGCUGUCGUCCAACCGUUACCUAGUUCUUACUUGAUUUUUCGCGCCCCAUCACAAGCCUCUGGCAUGUGUUGGUUGGAUGCUUUGGAAAUUUCUAUAAGAAARGAUUCGGCUCUAGUUCGCUCAGUUAGUAAUAAGUCAGCUUCAGGKAGCACAAAUCAUGAAACUCAAUGGAAUGAAGCUGAUUAUGAGAAGCAUUUUGAUUUAGAUGAUAUAAGUCAGCCGGAUAAUGGUGCUCAACUUAGUACAGGWGAUGGAGAAAUGACUGAUUCGGAUUCAGAAAUUUCGGCCAAAGAGGAGGAUAUUGAUGAGGAUCCGCCGGAAACACCAUAUGUUCCUACCAGUGAAGAAGAGUUCGGUGAUGCGGGUGCUCAAGUUGAAGAGUUAGCGGAAGAACACAAAUCGCUUAUUUGGUAUCUUGUCAAGCAAGUUAGACCAGGAAUGGACUUAAGUAAAGUUGUCUUACCCACUUUUAUCCUCGAACCACGUUCGUUUCUUGAUAAGUUAACAGAUUCAUACUACCAUGUUGAUAUACUAUCGGGAGCGGUUCUUGAAGAUGAUGCUUUUACUCGUAUGAAAAUGGUAGUAAAAUGGUACCUUUCCGGUUUAUAUAAAAAACCAAAAGGUUUAAAAAAGCCGUAUAAUCCCAUCCUUGGUGAGACGUUUCGUUGCUACUGGUUACACCCUAAUGGUUCAAAAACUUUCUACUUAGCUGAACAAGUGUCACAUCAUCCUCCUGUUUCUGCAUUUUAUGUCACUAAUAGACAAGAUGGUUUCUCAAUAAGUGCAAGUAUUUUGGCACGGUCGAAAUUCUACGGAAAUUCAACAUCAGCCAUAUUGGAUGGUACAGCAAUUUUGACGUUGCUACCAAGAGGCGAAGACUAUACACUUACCGUCCCGUAUGCCCAUUGCAAGGGUAUUCUCAUGGGUACACUUACAAUGGAAUUGGGCGGAAAAGUAUCAAUUGACUGUGAAAAGACUGGAUAUUUUACCGAAAUCGAAUUUAAACUCAAACCAUUUCUGGGUGGAGUUGAACAAACGAAUUGUAUUUCUGGUCGUUUAAAACUAGGGAAAGAGACGUUGGCGACCAUUGAUGGGUAUUGGGAUGGUACGAUUUAUAUCAAAGAUAAGAGAACAGGUGAACAACAAGUAUUUUGGAAUUCCACACCACAAAUUCGGAGACAAAGAUUAAUAAGGUAUACAGUCCCUGUGGACCAUCAGGAGGAAUAUGAAUCUGAAAGAUUAUGGCAACACGUAUCUGCGGCCAUUUUAAGAGAUGACAUGAAUGCGGCAACUGAGGAAAAAACCCUUCUCGAGGAAGCCCAAAGGGCGCGUUCAAAGGAGCGGAAAGCGAAAUGCGAAGAGUGGCUCCCUGUGCAUUUCCAACAAGACUUAAAAAGUGGACAAUGGGUUUACAAGCAUUCAGAUUUACGACCGUGGGACCCCCGAAAUGAUUUAUAUCAGUAUGAGUAUAACUACGUCAUACAAACAAGGACAAAACACCCAACACCAAUGAUACGCACUGCCAGUAUAAUUAGUGUGGACCCACCACAGGGCGAUACACGAUCUUCUACUUUAAAAGUGACGAAACGGAAAAUGGCGCCAAAGCAAGUCUCGUCUGACGCCGAUGUUAAUGAUAGUGCCACAACAUCGGAAGAAUUUCAUUCCGAUUCGACCCAGUCUGUGAAAAAAAUGCCAUUAGCUGCGACAAAUUCUAGUAUUAUGUUGGCGAUCCAUGACCUUGAACAAAGUCUCCAAGAACAUGGUGAAAAAAUAAGUCAGUUGCAGCGGAAUGUAAACCGUGUUUUGGAAUCUAACAUGAAGUCUCGUUUUAGUCCUAGUUUCAUUGAAAUUAUGAUAAUUGUGUGUUUGCUGGGCUUUUUUCAAGCUGUCUUUGUGUACUUCUUUUAGAUGCAGUUUUAUUGUGCAUUUUAUAUUGUGAUAUAAAGUCUCGUCACUGAGCCAAUGUUUGCGGAGCAGUGUAAUUUAUUAGCACCAAAAAUUUGUGUAUUUUUAUUACAAACUGUGCCUUUUAACGGGCUCUUUGAUUACACAAUUGUUCCUGGAUCGAAGCCCUUGUCAGGUUCAUUUUAAAUUUAUUCACAUUGUUAUUUUGCUCGUUUAGAUUAGGAACAGUGUUAUGUGAUAUUGAAAGUCUAACUUUCGGCGAGAUUUUUCAAGGUUAAUGAGGGUACUCAUACUUAAUUGCUCGACUAGGGGCGGGGGUAGUAAACGUACACACGCGCUAAAUAUUUCGGUCACAGUUUUUUUUUUAAUAUAAAAUGGUACAAAAUGAUUUGUAGCGAACAAUUCGGAUUAUAGCAACUAGAAUUUUUUUACAUACAUAGCAAUUGCAUGUUAGUCCUUUGUUUGAUGAACACUUACAGCUUAAUAAAAAAAAUAUUAUCUGAAA